AUAUGUUCCUGAUUCGGACGUAGCACAGGUCUGACAGAACAACACUGUGUUAAAAACAUGGCUGAGGAGACUGUGUUAGCGGACACCGGACUGGCACAGCGUGCACUGAUGCUACUCGGUAUUCAUAGUCUCUUCUACAGCGUUUUCUAUUUCUUGGACAAGAAAGUAAGGUCAUGGUGGAGUGCCGACUGGUUGCCCUCAUGGUGCCCAACAUCUCAGGACCAGUUGAAGCAGGCAGAAGAGAGGAUGCUGCAGAACAUCGCAAGCAAGCUCUGCAGGCAGUCUGUCCACAUUUCUGACAAAAACUCACUGUGGACAUUAAUAUCUAAGGGACCAGCAGAAAAUAAGACCCCCCUGGUGCUGCUGCAUGGAUUUGGGGGCGGUGUGGGACUCUGGGCAUUGAACCUAGACUCCCUUUCACAACAGAGGCCCGUUUACGCCUUUGACCUGCUGGGCUUUGGGCAGAGCAGCAGACCUCACUUCAACACAGAUGCCCAGGAGGCUGAGAUUCAGUUUGUGGAGUCUAUUGAGCAGUGGAGGGAGAAACUUGGCCUGGAAAGUAUGAUUAUGGUGGGACAUAACCUGGGAGGAUACCUGGCUGCCUCCUACGCAAUCACAUACCCAACCAGAGUAAAGCACCUGGUUCUGGUGGAACCGUGGGGUUUUCCAGAGCGACCCGAGCCAGGAGACCAAGACAGGCCGAUUCCAGUUUGGAUCAAAGCUAUAGGAGCAAUGCUGAGCCCAUUCAACCCGCUUGCUGGUCUCAGAUUGGCUGGACCUUUAGGUCCCACUCUUGUGCAAACCCUGAGACCUGACUUCAAAAAGAAAUUUGCGACUAUGUUUGAUGACAACAGAGUCACAGAAUAUAUCUACCAUCUUAAUGUCCAGAGUCCAAGCGGUGAAACAGCCUUUAAAAACAUGACCAUUCCAUAUGGCUGGGCAAAGAGGCCCAUGCUGCAGAGAACUGGCCUGAUUCACGACGACAUCCCCAUUACCGUGAUCUAUGGCUCACGCUCCAGCAUAGAUGGCCACUCCGGCAAUUCAAUCAAAGAAAUGAGGCCAAACUCCCAUGUCGAGAUCAUUGUCAUACGAGGUGCAGGACACUAUGUUUAUGCUGACCAGCCUGAGGAUUUCAACCAGAAGAUACUUCAUGUCUGUGAUACAAUAAGCUGAAUAGGGAUGAAGGUAUAUUUUUCUUCUGGAACUAUCUAAACUGAGCUAAUGGUAUCUCCACAUUGGCUCAUGCAUGUCAGCAAAUGUUCUUUGUUGCAUAUGAAAUUUGGACUGGAGAUUUUUAAAGCCACUGGGUUUGAAAACCACAUGUUUUGCUACUGGACUAUUUUGAAACUUUUUAUGUGUGUGUGCCAAUCAUUUGGGUCAUUCCCUGUUAGAUUAACAAAAUUUCCAAAUCUGCCCUCACUCAGAAAUUAAAUGUUCUAAAAACAGUUUCUGAAACAGACAACCAUACAUAGUUAAGAUUAUUAAAUAAGAAAUGAUCUUUGAUGGAUAUUCAUAAAAGGGUGUAAGGGGUUGUUUGGGUUUUGUAAAUUAACAGUUCUACCUGACAUUUUUUUUUUAUUGUCAGGUUUGGCUGUCUGUAUAUUAACUCAGGAAGCUUUAUUAGAUGUGUUAAUAUCUCUGAGCAUUUUUUGUUUGUUUGUUUUUAAAAACCAAAUGCUGGUCUUUGUUCUUGGAUAUACUGAAUGUUUAAACAUUUUAUUCAUUCAGAAUAAUAACAUGCAUGAAAUACCUGAGUGCCUUAUAUAUAAUCUUUGCAAAAAUUGGUGUAGGCAGCUUAAGUAUUAAAUCUCAGUAUGAUUUUCUGAUCAUAGAUCUUAACAGACUUUUAUUUUGGAAUCUUCAAGGCCCUGUAUGAUUCUGUUACACUGGGAAUAUCGAUCCAAAAUAGUCCAAAAUAGUUAAAAAAACCAAGUGCAGAUCAUUUUGCAUACAGAGCUGACAUGGAAUGAUCCAUCACAUUAUGAUUAUAUUGAUGUUCAUAUAUAUAAUGAUGUCUAAAAUGUGAAAAGUAUGUAUUUUUAAAUGUGAAAAUGUUGAGCUUUGAUUUUAAUGCAAAUUUAUUAUGACAAUGUACAUAUAUACUAAGAUAUGUAUUAUGUAUAUUAAUAUAUAUUAAUACAUUAUAUUACAUUAAUACAUUAUAUUAUACAUAAAUAUUUAUAAUUUCAGAUUCAGCGCCAUCCACAAGAUGGCAACAGAGACCGCAUAAUAAGCACUUAAAGGAGGAAAAACCCAGCAUAAUUUUUAACUACAGCUGAUCAAAUCAGUAUAAUACUGGUAAAUGACUUUCUAAGUUGAUCUCUUUCUUUUGUAUGUUGUAGGGUUGUACUUAUACUAUAGUAAUUGUUGUGGUACUCGUAGCAGUGUGAUAUGGCUGUAUAUCGACACUAGUGGGACACUAAGGCACUCGGCCUGCGACCUCAAGCCAAUGCACGACUGCUGCUCAUGUGAUAUUGCUCAUAAAUACGAGUAGCAGUGCAAUAUGGCUGUAUAACAGCACUGGUGAGCGGCAUGCGUUGGCUCAAGGCUGCAGGCCAAGUGCCUUAGUGUCCCACCAUUGACGACAUACAACCAUAUCGCACUGCUACGAGUUCGACGGCAUAAUUGUGUAUAUAAAAAAGAAAAUCAAACACAGAGUCUCAAAAAUCCUUCUGUACGAGGAACUUCUUUCUUUCACCAUUCAUUCACAUCUGCAGUAGACGUCAAAACAGCAGAAACUGUUGCUAAUUCACAAAUGUCACUUUAGAACAAGUAUUUGAAUGAGAGCAUAAUAUCUAAAUAAAAUCUAAUCUCACAUUUUAAGAUCAUCAGGCUGAACGGCAUGAAAUGCCAUCGGUCUACAGAGAUUCCUCAGUAUUUCUUUGUUGCAAUCGGGAAAUCACAGUAAUUAGCCCCGAAAAAGCCAAAGCCACAGCACUACAACAUACAAAAGACAAAGAUCAACUUAGAAUGUCACUUACCUAAUUUAUAAUGAUUUGAGUUUUUUUCGCCAUCUUAUGGCACAAAUGUCUUUGCUCUCUACUUAGUAUGACAGGCUGAUGGCACCGACGUGCUAAAUCUCCGAAAUUAUACAUAUUUAAAAUAGGCACUAUUCUUAUAAAUAAACUGCAUCUUUGCAAUCUAAACAACAAAUUUUUCUCCUAAAAAGCCUCAAAAGUACAUUAUGUUGUCCAACAGUUGCAAUAUUUGUCAAGUAUUUGUAGUGAGUCUAUUGAUCUGCUGUCACUCUUUGUGGGCAAAGUAAUUGAAGCAUAAUGUGCUUCAAAUUUGUAAAAAGUAAAGUAAAGUAAAGAGGCUGUAUGAGUGCUGUUAUUGCAGAAUAUCUCACUAAUCUCGCUAAUCAGAUUCGAGAACCAGACAGAACUGUUAAUACAUGCAUACAUAAAUCCGCAUAUGCAUAAUGCAUACUUACUUGGCAUAAAUAAGUGCACCCCUCACUUCUUUGGUACUAGUCAGUACUAAAGCCAAAACUAGAACUUAUCGAACAAAAAUAUUAAAUACAGUUUUAAUAAACCAGAAAAAUCUAUUGAAACAAACCAAAAAAUAUUUAGUUGAUUUUUGUUAGUUAAUAACUUGUUUGACUUUAAAUGCUUUAUCUUUCUAUUCCUAAAGAUGUUUGGUGACUAAACUCCUAUUUUAAUGAAUAUAACGGUUUAAUAAAAAACGUUUUGUUUAAAUGUACCAUUAAUGAUUGGCUUUAUUCACCGAGAAAGUGAUAAAAAUAUAAAUUUUUAAAAGGAGGUGCACCAAUUUACGCUGAGCAAAUUAUAUUUUACAAAUCUCUGUAUGUACAUAUGUAAAUAACCUAAAUCACAUAUAUAAUUGUAUAAAUUAGAGGUGCUGGAGGGGUUUUGUUCAUUUAAAUUUUCGAAUAUGGACAACUAUAUGGGUAUAAUUACCCUACAAAAAACCUUGUAAAUUAUUAACCAAAUAUUAAAUAUUCAUAUUUUUAUAAAGUUUUAGUUUUGUUUAUAAAAUGUAUCAGAAUCAGAGACAGCAUUUUUGUCGCUUUCUACCUCAUGAAAUUGUAAUAGUUUCACUGUUCGGAUGAGAAGGGAGCAGCAGAAAUCAUGUACAGCAGGGGUGUCCAACUCAUUUCAGAUUGAGUGACCCCAUUUACCUUAUAUGUUUAAAACGUAUUUGCUCACAGUUGCAUUUGUAUCAACUAUAUAAGAAACGUAAGAAAACUGUAUUUGUGUUUGUUGAUGUACUUUGUUUUUCAAAGAUUGAAGUAUAGGAGUGUGUGAUAUUGCCAAAAAUUCCUAAUACAAUGAGUGAUUCAUUGAAUGAA